GAGCUCUCCCUCCCCUUUCAUCAGUUCAACCCCUCCACUUGCCUGCUGAUCACAGACUGGACAACUGUUGAGUGAGGAGAACGCACAAAGGGAUGUGACAGACUUUUUCCUCAUUUGGACUUUAUUUUGCUUUCGUAUCGGGACGCCUGACAUGUCUGAGAGCAUUGUGAGGAAGGUGCAGCCCUUCACUAUUGGGACAAAAUUGUCUGUCCCCACUGUGCCGAAAUGCCAGGAUUUUACAGAGAGUUACCUGCAGAGCCCGAGUCUGGACAACUGCACCUUACAGCAUAACCUGAACUCGCUCUACCUGAGUCGAUCCCAGGUCUGUGCACAUGAUCUGGUCUCACCCAUUGUCAAGCAAGUAGCCCCAGUGAAAGAACAGCAGGAGCACAUGGCAGCAGAGGACCAGCUGAACCAGAACUGCCCAUCUGCUGUCUCCAGAUCUAUCAAGAAGAUCACCAUCUCUGGGAAAGAGAGGUCAGAGAACAAGCUGGCUUUGGGACCUGAACAGCUUUCAAUCACAGGCUCCACAUCUGAAAACAACAAUAACAACAACAACAACAACAUCCCAAGCACGUCAGAGCCACAUCUGCCCAGGAUCGUGGGAGUGAGUUGUGAAAAUAAGCCCAGUUCUCAGUUUAAGGUUUUACUCAGAAAAGAUGCCAGUGAUCAGUCUCCACACGCACAAACCAGGGUGAAACCGAGUAGAGACAAAUCUGUACAGCAGAUCUCAGUGCCUGAAUCACAGAUGAAGGAGCUUCAGUGGAAAGAAAGUCACCCACUCACUCAGAGCGAAGCAUCGGCAGCUGUUGCAUCACAGAGUGACUGCUUCACUCAGCGCAACUCACUCUUCAACAAGGAAGUUCUGCAGGCAGAGGCAUGGAUCAAAGGCAAACUUCAAGAUCUGAAGGAUGGCUGUAAUGUUCAGCGCUGCCCCCUGCAGGACUGGGAGGAAGCCUCACAGACGCUUCAGCGAGACCUCAAAGACUUUGAGAACACACUAAUUCAACUCAACCAGAUGGGUGAGCAGUUGCUCUGCAAGCUGAACCCAACGUCUGAUCUGGUGAAGAAGCAGCUCAGCCAGCUCAGGGACCAGUGGCAGACACUUAAACAGACAGCUGCAAAUCAGAUGAGGGCCCUCGGCGGAGCCAAGAACCUGCAAGAGUUCAACAAAAAAGUGGACAAACUGGAGGCAUGGAUUAAAGAGAAGCAGGAGGAGGAGCAGUCACUGGUGGACGUCCUGGGGGAGAAUGUUGACAAAAUGCAGCUGACCAGAAGAAUUUUAGAUCUGAAACAGGAUGAGCAGCUAUACAGAAACCUCCACGAGGAGAUCAACCACUCAGCCCUAAAGCUGGAGAAACAGGGGAAGACAGAUGGCAAAAACAUCUCCACCAGACGGAAACACAUCAAUAAAAUGUGGCUGAGGGUCCAGUCUCAUCUAAAAAACUACCAUGAAAAUCUCCAGCUGGCGCUGGAGGUGUCCUCUUUCUACCAGCAGGCUGAUAAUAUAUUGUUUGCUAUCAACAGCAUGAGGAAAAGCAUAUCCGCGUCCGAAGAGUGGGACAACUUAGGAGAUCGGGAAAUCCGCGACAUUGCCAGUCAAAUCAUGAUGCUAGAUGUGAGCGUGUCCCAGCUGUCGAAUCUCCAUCCUGCCCUGGCCUCUGGCGUCACACAGAAGCAGACUGAGGUGAAGGACUGCUGGGCACUUCUUCAUAAAGUAUUCCGGAGUGACAGGACCACGCUCUCUCCUACUGGCUCCACUUUCACCAGGGAAGAUGCUGACCCACUGACCCUAGUGCGGGAACCCCAGUGCAAUGUGGGAACAGAGACCCAAAGGAUCAUGGGAAAGGAGGUGAAGGAGGAGCAGAAUCGUCUGAAGGGCUGUGUGAGUGCUGCUGAAUGUGAGAGUGGCAGGAGAACCCCGAGCAGCCAAAGCCAGGAACAGCAAUCAGCGAACCGCACCUCUUUUCCUGUGGGAGACGGAGCCAAUGAAGUCAUUGUCAGACGUCAGCUGAAGGCAGAAAGCACGAAGCCCAGAACAGAGCCCAAACUUGCCACCGGCCCCCACAGCCACCCACAGCUUCACAUACAGCUUCAGAAGUUCACUGCAUCUGCUGACAAGACUUUGUCCUGGCUGAAAGACAACGUGUCCAUGGCCACACAGGUGUGUUCAAUAGCCAGCUUUGAGGGUUUGGAGGCAGCCAGGAGGUGUCAGCACACUCUGGAACGAGAUAUCCUCACCAACAAAGCCAGGAUAGAGGUGGUCAAAAGGGAGGGACGUGGGCUGGUCCGUGCACAGCACCCUGGCAGCACCAAGAUCGAAGAGUUCCUCAGCCAGCUGGAAGUCCUCUGGGAAGAACUGCGGAGGCGGCACCAGAGGAACGCUGUAUUUCUGAAAGCCUCGGAGGAGCUCGGCUUCAGAGUUGUAAAAGUCCUCCAGGCAUUGGGCAGCCUGGAGGCUUGGCUGGAAUCGGUGGAGCUUUCCAUGAAGGAAUCCGCACUUGCCGGUGACCCUGAAACAAUGAGCAUGGCUGAGAGGGAGAGCUGUCUGCUGGAGAAGGAGGUGGCAGCACGUAGCCUGGAGCUCACUGCUCUGAGACAAGAGGUGGACCGCCUCCACGUCCACAGUCACCCGCACGCACAAUGGCUGCCAGCACGCAUGGAGGAGGUGGAAACAAAGUACCAUCGUGUCCAGAGUGCUUUGACCCAGCAGAGCUCAAAGCUGCAGGACACACGAAUGCUGACAGAGUUCCUGGAGCGUGUGGAGCUUGAGGAGAGCCAGGAUGGUUGCCAGUAUAACCUGGGCCAGCCUCUCCACAGUGAGAUUUCCUCAGCCCCUACAUUACUGGGACUCCAAAGCAGUGGUGGUAGUGGUGGUGAGCCCCUGAUAGAAAGCAUGGGGGACCCUGUGGAGGUACUCCAAGAAGCUGUGGAGAUGCUGAAUGACACAGUGAGGGAGAGAGGCAGAUCGCAGAGCCACGACCAGGCCAUCCAGGAGCUUCUGAGCAAGCAUGCCAGCCUAGCAGUGAAUGUGGAGGAGUGCUUAUGCUGCAGCAAGGAGCUUGGCCUGGACAUCCUGGAGAGGGAGACAGACUUGGCCAUCCAGUGUGAGCCAGACCGGUGCGGCCUCGAGGCUCUUCAGGAGAAGCAGGACCACCUGGAGAUCGACCAUGAAGUCAUCAGGGAGGAGGUGAAGGAGAUGAAGAACCUGGCUUCCCGGUUGGACGACCUUUGUCCAGAGAGAAUGCACAUACUCAGGGCGAAGAUCCAGGCGACGCUGCUGGUCUGCACCGAGCUGGGAAAGAGUGUGACGGAGAACAAAUCACGUCUGCAAGAGUUUAUGCAGCUCCGAGACUUCUUUCGGCGCUACCUCUCCAUGAUCUCAUGGACUGAAGACACCAGGUCGUGCAUUUUCUCAGAUACUGCCUUAAAUCCUGGGAAAGAUGGGGAGAGGCCACUGGCUGCAGAGCUGGACAUGCAGAUAGAGCAACGGUUUGAGGAGUUUGAUGAGCUGGCAGCCACAGGGAGGAACCUUUUAGACAAAGAACACCACCUCACACAGAUGGUGAGAGAGCGCAUGGAGGAACUGCGGAGUAUGCUUGGAUGGAUCUUGGUGCACUGGAGGGCUCAGAAACAGCAGUGGUUUCAUAAAAAGAGCAGUCAGGAUCUUUCACAAGACAGCAUUUAUUCGGAGGCUACAAUUUGCCCCUCAUUAACUGAGAUUUCAGUUCCUAAACCAGAGGCCUACCAGUUCCAUCAGUCUACACUUGUCACCUCGGAAAAAGACAAAGUAAAAGCAGCAGGAGACAACUGGCCCUUGUCUCUUGUGGCCAGACAACCUGAGCAGCAGGAGGAGAGGCAGUUCGAGGACGGGUAUGAGGUCAUGAAAAGUGUUGGACCACAGGGAGGUGAGGCUUCCCUGUCAGAGUCUCCCAAACCGUCUAUCAUGGUCCUCAAGGAGCCCAGCAACUCGGCUCUAGGUGGCACAGUCAACCUCAUCCUGAGCUUUGGUAACACAGGGGAAAGCCAUGUUCAGGUGCUUGAUGCACCUGCUAAGACGGAUGCAGUAGUGGAGGAUGACUCUGAGCCUGUCCACAGGUCCGCUGUGCCUCAAUCUUCUGCCUGUAAAAACUUUUGGAGGCGCUGCCAGGGGCUUUUGGAAAAUACUUUGGGUAGUUUAAAGAGAAAAAGAAAGAUUUAUCGGCAGAGUGCAAAUGAGGUAAGUACCUACUUGCAUGUCAAGGAUAACAACUUGGCCGCAGCUCCUGUGUAUGAGAGUAUCACCCUGCCGCGCCAAAAGAGCCGCUCUGCAGCCUCGGCCUCCCCGACUUUCUUGCCACCCUCGUCCUCCUCCUUCUCCACGUCGUCCUCUGCAUCGGCACCUCAGGCGACCAACGUGACGUUCCACCCUCUGACGGGCAGCAGCAGCAGCUCCAUCUUCAGCAGCCUCAAGAGGAUGAGCAAGAAGAGGAAGAGGAAGAGAGACGCUCGCAGACACACCAUCCAGAAAAUCAUGGGAGUGGAAGCACAAACGGAAGAGGUGCAUCAGUAUGGCAGUGAGACAAUGACAUAUGACACGCAUACAUGGCCACUGAAGGAAGGCAGGAGGAAGAAGAGUUCACCGAAGAGCCCGGCCAGUGGGGAUAGAGAAGAAGCUAUAGCUUAUAUGAAGAAUCCCUUGUUGAAGGACAUUGAUACAGAGUGUUUUGGAGAAUACAGCAUUAUUCCGUAUGCUGUAUCAGAGGGUCCAACUUUAUCUUCCACUGGUCAGGUAAGAAGCCACUGCAGAUUCCUCUCUUUGGGCUCUGUGUUGAGCUUUGAGCUUCCUAAGGACAUGACCGUCAUCCCCAGCAUUCAGGACAUUAUUACUAUUGCCCCACCUGAGUCCAAAAAAGGAGCGGGGACUGAUCCAGACCCCCACUCUCAGAGGUACUCAGCCCUGAGCUCCUUCAAACAGACGCGACAGACCCCUGCCAUCACACACAGUUCAUCGGAUGUUAGCUCUUCUGAAACACACAGUUCAACAGCUGCAGUGAAAGCUCUGUCUGAGGUGGACAGGACUUCCCAACCGCCGCCUUCUCUUUCCACGGGAGAAGAUGAAGAUCAGACUGUACCAUGCAACGAACUGUCGAAGACCCAGUCAGGUCUGUGUGAGGCUGCAGAGCACGAGUGGGACAAAAUAACAUCACGGGUUAGUCCACCACGUACGCCGGACAAGGACAGGACCAGCCAGCCCUCUGGGAUCCCUAUUUAUGUGAACCAAACACAACGUACACCUGUGCAAAAACACGAGUGUCCUAGUGUCCACACACUCAUUCGAGACCUAAAUGGACAUGUCUACCACAAAGGUGCAAGAUGUCUCGGUAUGUGUGAGGAGAGCCCGGGGCCUCAGUGCCUGAGCCAAGCUUCUCACAUGGUAGUAAAUCUAAAGUCAACAGUGAGUAUGAGUGUUUGUCAGGACUCAGUGGACUCUGAGGUCUCCAGUUCCAGAAGCACCAAGGUUUGUACUGAUGCACCAUGUCCAGACAUCUCACAGCCUAAGGGAAUCGUGGGGAGGCUCAUGUCCUUUGAGGUGGGAGGUAUCGACUGCUCUGACACAAAAGAGAACAACACAACAUCCCCGGGUCCAUCUCUGCCCACUGCAGAGCAGGAAACAGAGCCUGUCCACCUUGACCGUCAGCAGUUUGAGGAGGAGGAAGAAGAGCUGCAGGACAUCUGGAAUCAGACUCCUAACUACAGACAGAGCAUCUGCUCCGACAUCAUGUACCAGUCCACCCUGGACGCCAACGUUGCCCCACACCAAUCCAAAGCGCCUCAUUCCCCAUCACCUUCACCCAAGGCCCCAAAUGUGCUGUACAGAAAUCUGGUCACAGCCUCGGCUCCCAACCUUCUCGUGGCCGAGUUCAAACUGCCGUCCCAUAUUCAGAGCUUGCUGGGCUACAACAAGGAGCAGAGUCCCAGAAGUCACCUCCCUCCACUGGCUCAAGGACACAGGAGGUCCUGGGCAGCAUUUCCUAACAGGGAAGCGGAAAGCAAGACCGCGGUGUCCGUGAACGAAACUGCAUGUGACCCAGUGAAGCUGCCCGAUGUAGGUGACAAUCAGAGAUACAUUUAUCAGUACAGAGAGGAUGAGGAGGAGGAAGAGGAGGCAAAGGUGAGGGAGGUGGUGGAUGAGCACACAGGUGGUUCCAAGGACCAGUCCAUGAGUUUGCUGUCAGUUCACAUGGAUUUGGGAGGGGCGUGUCAGCACAGACAAGCUUCACAAAGCCUGGAGGACACGGAGAGGCAGGAAGAGCCGGCGGCCACGGGAGGGCGCUGUUUCACCUUGAGUGGAAAGCCCGACUUGCAGUCAAUGGAGGGGACACUGGAGAGGAAGCACAAGCUGCAGCUGGCAGGAAAGAAAGCGACCUCCAGAGGCUGGAACUCUUACCACGUUGUCCUACAUAGAAACACCUUGUGCUUUUACCAGGAUAGAAAGGAUACACUCAGGAAUUCUGCAUGCGGCCUGCCACUGAACCUCAUGGGAGCCGAGUGCUCCCCCGCGCCAGAGUACACCAAGAAAACCAACUGCUUUCGACUCCAGCUCCGUGAUGGGUCUGAAUAUCUGUUCAACGCACCCUCGCGCUUCAUGAUGAGGAAAUGGAUGAUGAAAAUACAAGCAAACACAGGUCAGAGAGAGUCUGUGUCCUCAACAUCCCGGGUUCCUGCAGAACAAGGCCUCCCUGUUUCCCUAAAUCAGUCCCCGUGCUCCGGUUGUCAUGAUCUGGCCAAAUGCCACUGUUACUCCCGACAUGAUGUCACCUCCACGUUCCCCAGGCGCGAACCAGCGAGUGCCGCCCAGAGCAAGGAGAUCAUCGUUCUCACCAGAGAGUUCAUUCAGAUGCCACAGAGUCAUUUAAGGAGUUUAGAUGAACACUCCGCUAUGUCAUCCUACCUUGGAGGCUGCUGUGAUGAGGAUAAAGGCAACGUGAAGCAGACAAUGACUAACAGACUAUCUGGAGCGUCACAUGACCACACCUCUUCCUCUCCUCAAUCACCACUAUGCAGUGGUCAGGAAUGGCUCAUCAACAAGCGUCGCUCCCACUCCUUCACGUCAGCAACUUACCAGAAGAUCAAGCCCACGUUGCACACCCCCAGAGGUGUGGAGAGAGGCUCAAACUACAGCGUGACCCUGGUGGUUGGAGACAAGUUGUCAGACGGCACGUCCACAAACAGAAGCUCUGAGCCUCCACUGCUGGCGGUGGCUGGGCUGCAGCAGGAGAGCCAUCAUGACUCGGCUCUGAGGAGCUACGCCAGCCUGCCACGGCCUCGCAACAAAUCCGUCUUCCAGAAGUUCUUUGGGAAGAGGGAUCUCUGAGUUUUUGUGACAUAUUGAGUUUACGAAGAAAGGGUUCAUGUGCAGUGCACAUACUGUAUGAUGCAAAAACAAAAAAAAAUGCUACUACUGACUAUAUUUAUGAUAUGAGGAGCAACCACAGUUUUAUUUUUUGAUGUGUUUCCUAUAAAUCACUCAUGAGCAAAGUCCCUUUCAUAGGUCCGUUUAUAAGUAUUUAUAUCACUGUCCUUUUGUUUUAAUUUCUUCCAUUGACAGGAACAAUAUUGUGUGUCUGUGUGUGUGUCUCUGUGUGUGUGUGUGUGUGUGUGUGUGUGCGCUCACUGCAUAGCUGUAGAUUAGUGGAUUGAAAACCACAUUUCUUUAUAUUUUUCAUUUC